AUGAAGAUACGAUCGCUGUUACUCAUUCUGGGUAUCCUGGGCCUAGUGCACGCGGAUUUGCCCAGUUGUUUGCGAGCACGCUGUUCGCAUUGUAAUAUCAGUUUCAUUGCUCAGAUGUGUCCGAACACCUGCAACCAAUGUGGGGUUGAUAUCCCGCACAUUUCGGUAAGCCUACUUUGUUUUAUGCGACAAGCGGUACUCCCAAAUUAAAUAGCCAUACUUUACAACCUUGUUUAGAAGCCAACAGCCCACGCUGUAGGUCCAUCAUCAAGAAUCGCCGCGCACGGCCAGCCAAACUACGCUGGAGUUGCGCCUCUUCAAAACAUCCCGCCUCCAGGCCCCGUGACCCAAACCAGCCAUGCUUACUCGUACGGGGGUUACGGAAACGCUCAAAACAACAUCCCUCAAGCUAGACAACUACCCUACUCUGUAGGUUUUGUUGGUUUUCCCGUUACAGUAACUGGAAUUUCGUAUUUGACAAAAAGCUUUCAGUCCCAACCUCAAUCCCAAGCCACUCAAUAUGGCCAUUCAUAUCAGCAAGAACAAACUGCCCCAUUCGCCAGUGCCCCUCAACAGCAACCAUCCGGGCCAGUUCAGCCACCACCAGCUUUCCAACAACCCCAACAACCUUACUAUCAACAGCCGCAGCAGCCAUUCGGCGGAUUCCCCGCUCAGCCUCAGCCAUUUGGAGCCCCAGCUCCACAAGCUAGCGGUGCCGGUCCAGCUGCACCAGGAGCUCAGGCUGCCAGCUUGGGAGUAACUCCAGCACCCGCUCUGUUCAAUCCUUUCCAGCCUUUCUUGGGGCAGUCGUUCCAGGCUCAACAGCCUUUCAAUCCCUUCGCUUUCCCAACCCUUCCACCUGCAGCAACUUUGGCUCCAGUAAGUGAUAAAGUGGUCUGACAUCCCCAAAAAUUGGUCAAUUUCUAACUCAAACUCCGUUUUCAGUUCACCCCAGCUCCUCCACUCACAGCGCCAACGAUGCCUCCACUCUUCACUCUGCCGACUCCACCACCACCUACUCCAGCGCCAGCCACCUUCCCACAACAGCCUGGCUAUUCAGCUGGCCAACAGCAGUCCUACGGGCCUCAAGGCGGUCAACAACAGUUCCAGGGACAAGGUCAACAACCUCAACAAUCCCAACAAGGAUUCCAACAGGCUCAGUCGUCACAACAAGGAUACCAGCAACCUCAAAGCUUCCAACAGCCACAACCAGCGCAACAGAACUUCCAACAACCACAACCAGCUCAACAAAACUUCCAACAACCACAACCAGCCCAACGGAACUUCCAGCAGCCUCAGCCAACUUAUCCACAAGGCCAGAACCAAGUUCAGCCAGCUGAGGAGCAACGACCUCGUCAAGUUUACACUCAACCCGCUCAGGUGCAACCUCAAGCCCCUCAGCCAUCUCAAUAUCAGCAGCCUGCGCCUCAACCCGCUGCUCCACAGCCCUCAACCAGCAUUGAUGCUACUCCAGUUCAGAUCGAGAAGAACAACUAUGUUUCGCCGAAUACGAAGAGUGCUUUCGGUGGUGCUGGAGCCGGCGCCGGUACUUGCCCUAAGCAGCCUAAUUGGGAGCCUUGCAUCUCCAAGGACUUGGCCAACGAAAGGUUUAAGAACUGUUGCCAACGACUUGGAGAGGGGUGUUCUCAGCUGUGUAGCUACGACUCUACUUUGACCACGGUAAGUCGAUGACAAAAGCUGUGUCUAUUUACAGUCUAAGACAGAAUUUAGGGGCAAAGAACGGAUAAGAUAAACGACAAAAUGCAUCUAAAUGCGUCCCGGAUGCAAUAAAUUGCGUCUGGCUGGCAAAGACGCAAUUUAUUGCAUCCAGGACGCAUUUAGAUGCAUUUUUGCCAUUUAUCUUAUCCGUUACUGCCAACUUUUCACUUUCUUCCCGGUUUUUCCCAAUAACUUUGUUUCCUUUCAGAUUCAACUCGCUGUCCUCACCGGCCGUUGUCCAAUCAGCAAAGUAGCUGACAUGAUGGUGUGUGCUUCGGGCUAUGAGGACGCCACCCCUUGUUGUCAAGCCUACAACGUGUUCGAGCCCGGAUUCGAGCACUGCCGGCCAUACUGCAACCCAGCUGCCGGUCUGCCAAACGACGGCAUGUUGGCUGAGAAGUACCGAUGCCUGGGGAAGCUGAGUCAGAUUCAACGGUGUUUCUAUGUGUCGCAGCGGCCAUAG